AUGACUACCUCUAUGUUGGCGUCUGGAAGGGCAAAGGUGCCAGGUAACCUCAAGGCGCCGCUCGCAAAAUCUUGCAAAAGAGUAUCAACACCAGUCCAAUGCUACUCUUCGUCCGCUACUGCCUCUCCUCAAAGCACCAAUGGCCGAACUCGCAGCCCAGCGAAGGGCGACGAUGCAGCCACUCAGCGAGAGCUCUUCAUGAACGUCCUCACCGCCAAUGCCACGAAGCGUGACGCCAAGCAGUAUUUGGCCCGCUUCAAGCCAGCGAAGGAUGCCAGCACAAGCAAGACCGCUACCCUCUCGCCUCUCGAGCAAGAACGCAAUGCCCGCCACCGCCGCGAUCAGGACCGACUGGACAGGAGCGGCGUCAACCUCGGCGGGCUGUAUGCUCCUGCCCGGGCCAUCGCCGAGUCGCCGCAGUUCACCCAGCCGCAUGUGGGUGAAAGGACUGCUGCAACUCCCCAGCAGACGCUUCAUGUUGCGCUUGUCUGUUUGAGAGCGCCGGAAAGUCUGGAUGAUGCCACUUUGGAAGGGGUGGCGACCACGCUCAGCCAGCUGGUCAAGCUGGACAUGAGGAUUGCCAUUGUCCUGGACUGCGGCGGUGACGCAGGCGCCACCAGCAUGAGGGAGCAGUCGUCCGCCAUCAAGCAUCAAUGCGACAGGCUGGCGAAGGUAAUUGGCAAACACAGCACCAAGGGUGCACGCCUUGUAUUGGGGGCUCUUGAACUUACUGACGAAGGAUCGCACGGCUCGGUGCAAGGCACCACGGACAGCGCAGCCACCGUCUCCGUGCCAAGUCUACUUACGGACCCUCUCAAGCGGUCUGUUAUCCCUAUUGUCCCGACUCUGGCGCACACAGCGACCAGUCAGCUCGUGCAGAUACCUGCCACUACGAUCAUGAUCGCACUGUCGAGGCUCUUCUCUGGCCUGCCGACCAGUCCAACGAUACCCGGGGAUAGCCGGCCCACCAUCAACACUAGUCUGGACCGCAUCAUUGUUCUCGACGAGGCCGGCGGCGUGCCAAGCAAAGCGCGAGGCGACGGCGCUCAUGUCUUCAUCAACCUCGACCAGGAGUACAGCGAGAUUGAAGGCGAACUGGUGGAGUACGGCAAGGAAAUCCCCACGGUCACCGACGCUCGCAAUGUCUACGAACAACACCGCUCAAAUCUGGCCAUGACCAAGGCAUGUCUUACACUGCUUCCCUCCGCCUCCUCGGCACUAGUCAUCACGCCCCAGGAAGCCGCCGUCUCCUCGCAGUCCACAGAAGACGACUCCAGCAUCGGCGCAGGUACCCGCCGCCGCAGGAACACUCUCAUCCACAACCUCCUUACCAACAAACCCAUCGUCUCGUCAUCCCUCCCCGUCGCCCGCCUACCCCCCGCUCCGGGCGCCGACGCCGACGUCGACAGCCCGGACAUGCCCCGCGCCACCCUCAUAAAACGCGGCAUGCCCGUCACAAUCAUCCCGCCCCCCGACCCGACACAUGGCUGGCUCGCUCCCGCCUCGGGCCAAACGACCCUCGACCUCGAGACCGACCCCCGCGUCGACCUGCCGCGCCUCGUGCACCUCAUCGAAGACUCCUUCCGCCGCAAACUCGACGUGCGCCACUACCUCGACCGCAUCCGCGGCCGCACCGCCGGCCUCAUCGUCGCGGGCGAAUACGAAGGCGGCGCAAUCCUGACCUGGGAAACGCCGCCCGGGGCGCUGGACUCCGAUCCCUCGCGCCUCGUGCCGUAUCUCGACAAAUUCGCUGUGCUGUCGAAUAGCCAGGGCAGCAGCGGGGUAGCGGAUAUUGUGUUCCAAGCGAUGGUGCGGACGUGUUUCCCCGCAGGGGUUUGUUGGAGGAGUAGGAAGGACAAUCCGGUGAAUAAGUGGUAUUUUGAGCGGAGCGAGGGGACGUGGAUGGUGCCCGAGAGUAAUUGGACGAUGUUUUGGACUGGGGAGGGGGUGGUGGAGGGGAGGGGCAGGUGGGAGGAUUAUGUGGGGGCUUGCAGGGGGGUGGGGCCGAGUUGGGCGGAUAAGGGGAGGGUGGCGGAUUGA